GAGAGAGAGAGAGCGAGAAGGGGAGAGAGGGAGUCCAUACAAAAGUGUACCUUCGCUGACUUGCUCAGCACUAAUGAAUGAAGGGUCAAUAACAGAGGAUCAAGACAAACAGGGAGAGUGAAGGUUGAACAACAGUGAAGGAAUAAUUCAACAUCAGCAGGGAGAGACGCCAAGAAGAGAGACAGUAAAAAGAUACAUAUUGUGAGGCAGUGACUAAAAGAGAAGUUAUUGCAUGUUUCACAAACGGUAGUUCUGCUUUGUUGCGAGAGGGGAUAAAAUGACUGUUUAAUGUCAUACGAACAUCAGGAUUUCUGCAUACGACAAAGGAAAACAGCCUUUUAUUACCAGAGAAUCGGAGGCAGUGAAGGUCAGAGAAAGGGUGCUCUGGGACCCAGGUUCAGGACACUUUUAGCAGCAACACCCGGCGCUCUAGAAAUACACCCAUCACCCGACACAAGAGGACCCUCAUCUCCAACUCAGACCCUCCCCGAACUCAGAUGACACGAUGAUUGGAACAUAAGCCAGCAGGAACAAUCUCCCCCCGGAGUAGGGUGUGAUGACAGAGGAACAUGACUCGUUACGCAAGAAGGGAAAACAUCCACCGAGCAUGACGAUAAGCCAGGCCACACCGCUGGGCCCAGCAGGGCCAGGCAAUCCUAACUACACCUCCCCCUAUCCCCCAUCCUCCCCCACCUCCUGCAGCAUCGACGAGUCCUACAAGUACGUCUUCCUCCCCGUCUGCUACUCUCUCACCUUCCUCUUCAGCCUGACCCUCAACUCCGUGGUGCUGCUGCGCUCCUGUCGGCGCCGCGGCGACUGUCAGCGUGGCAACGGAGGUUCCCGGCGAUGGAACACCUCUCUGAUCUACAUGGUGAACCUGGCAACCACGGAUCUGAUGUACGGCCUCUCCCUGCCCUUCCUGGUGGCCAGCUACAUGAUGAAAGACAACUGGGUGUUCGGGGACUUCAUGUGUCGCCUGGUCCGCUUCCUGUUCUACUUCAACCUGUACUGCUCCAUUUUCUUCCUCACCUGCAUCUCUGUGCACCGCUACCUGGGCAUCUGCCACCCCAUGAGGACCAUCACCCUCGAGAGCAAGAGGGCCGUGAAGGGGACCUGCGCUCUGGUCUGGAUCAUGGUGUUCAUCCUCACCUGCCCCAUCUUCAGGUUUGCCCAGACGGGGUUGGUGGUGAGAGGGGGAGGCUGGGAGGCUGGGGGGGGGACGCCCGGUCGAGGGGAGAACCGCAGCGGGUUUAAGGAGGAAGGCGGCGGAGGAGGGGGCGGGGAGGGUUUAAAUAAGGCUUACGUCAACUGCUGGGACGACGCCGUCGAUAAGGACUUUGCCGACUACGUCCCGUACGGUAUCACGCUGCACCUCCUGGGGUUCUUCGUGCCUUUCGUCAUCAUCGCCUGGUGCUACUCCCGGGUGGUCAGGACGAUCUUUCGGACGCUGAGCUCCGCUCCCGGCUCACGGGAGGGCCGGGAGGAAGGAGGAGGAGACGGCGGAGCAGGCGGAGGAGACGUAGAGGGGGCCCGAGAGAGAACCUCCGUCUCCAUCUCCAGCUCUCAACACUUCCACUACAUACGCAGGCGUCGCAAGUCCAUCAAAACCAUCAUGACCAUCACCUUCCUGUUCGCCCUGUGCUUCCUGCCGUUCCACGUGACCCGGACUCUCUUCCUGCUACUGCGGCGGGGUCAGGUGGGGGGAUGCAACACCAUGAAGAUGAUCUCCAUCUGCUACAAGGUGACCAGGCCGCUGGCCGCCUGCAACGCCUGGCUCAACGCUCUACUCUACUUCCUGACUGGGGACCAGGGAGGCCCCUGCUGCUGGCCCGCGGACUGCACCAACCGCCACCACCGCAGCGCCACCCUGUGGCCUCUGAGGAUACUGAAGAGAGAAGGGGUCGGGGAGGAGGAGGUGGUGGAAGUGGAGGAGGAGGAGAAGAAGAAGGAAAGGCAGGUGCACGCGGAGAGUGAAUCGAAGUCGUCCAGGAUUAUGUUUUGAGGGUGUUUUGUUUCUGGGGGGUGGUGCGCGAGCAUGAAAGCCGUUUACUCAGAAGUUAUUGAUGUACAUGUGUGUUUUCUUGGAUGUCUAUGCUUUGUAUGGCAGAUGUUGCACUUUAAUUGAUUUGAUUGAGAUUAAUUGAGUAAAUACAGUUGUUGUUGUUAUAAAAUUGUA